AUGCCGGCUCCCCAAGCCCAAGCCCAAGCCAACCCUCACGUCGGAGCUCACGACCAUCGAUCUGGCCUUCCCCGCCGCUUCACCACCGAUUCUGGUCGAGUCCCGACACUAUCUACCCUGGGUGCUCAACGAGUACCAGAGCCUUCCCAGGAUUAUAAUGCAAUGCAGAAGGUGCAAUUGAUUGAGAAAAAGAAGAUGGAGUACGAGCGAAUCAGAGAACAAAGGCGGCGCUUUGAGCUCGAGAUGCAAAAGUUGGACCAGCAACAACGACGAGAGGCUUUGGAGCUUGCUCAGAUGGAGGAGGAAGUGGGUAGAAUGGGUGGCCACCAAUCUGAACCUACAACACCCCCAGAAUACCGCGACAACUCUGGGUUCCCUACAUUUCUGUCACGGCCGAGUCGAUAUUCCAUGUCCAGCUUGACCUCCCCUCCAGGUCUCUUCAACCGCCCCAUCCGAUCUGGUUCUCAGCUCGCCUCUCCCCAAUCUGGUAUCAGACAAGCGCGAUACGGCUUUGACGACACCACAACCCAAAUGCCUUCGCGCUCUGUCCCAACUACACGUCGAAAUAGCGACGACGAAAAGGAGGAGGCCGUUCGACAGGACCCUAGUAGUCAUCGUUCGGGCAAUGCCAUCAACCGUUACUCUAUGCCUGUGACACGUUCGCGUACUGGAUUGUACGACGUCGGUCUUGAUCAGACGAACACUACUCGUUUCCUCUUUGGCGACGAGGAUUCAAAUGCACUGGCCCACAGUGUUCCCGACGAAAACUUCCCGACUCUUGUUCGCCGUGAUGAUCAGAUGCAGAGUCUCCCUUCUAUCAACGGAAGCUCCAACAUUGUGAGCGAUCUUGUUGGCCUUGCCUCUCGACCAGCCUCCCUCCGCCACUCCAUUGACCUCAAGUACAUCUCCGAGAACGCUAUCGAAACUGGUUCUAUCAUGUCCUCCACUGGCAACGGCAACAUGGCCACUCCCCCCAAGCUCCAGAGCUCGUUCUCUUCCAACGAUGUUCCGACUGUCAAGAGCCCCGGAGGGUCAUCUUCAAAGGCCAACACUCACGCUCAGCAGCAUUUCCACAACCAUAAUGCUAGCCUUGGCCGCAUUCCUGCUGGUGCCGUUCACCGUGGUCACAGUCGCGAACUUUCUUCAGACAACACUGCUGUUAGCCGCGAGCAGCCCUCCUAUCCCUCCAUCCAGUCUGCUCUGCAGGCCAGUGCAGCUCCCUUUGGGCCUAGCACCACAGCUCCUGCCCCAACAUCCGUGGGCAACAACACUCCAGGUGGCGCUCCUACCAUGGGCAACAACUUCAACAACAGUGGGUUUUACCCCAUGAACGGCUACGGUGUUCCACAGGGCGUUCCUCAGGGUGCUGUUCCUCAAAACCACCCCCAGGGUGCUACCCACCAGCCCGGUGCCUACAAUGUGAAUAUGCUUGCGAAUAGUAUGCAGCAGAUGAACAUGAAUGGUGUCAAUGGUGGUAGCAUGUACCAGCCCCAGAACUACAACGGGUACAAUGCUGGUCACUAUAGCCAGGGCAACCAGCCUCGAGACAGCCAGGCCCGCGUCAUGCAACAUCGACGACAGCUUGACAACGAAGCGAUGUCCCGCUACCAGAACGUGUCCCUCGAAUCCUUCCAGGGUCAAAUCUACGAUCUUUGCAAGGACCAGCAUGGCUGUCGCUACCUCCAAAAGAAGCUCGAGGAGCGCAAUCCCGAUCAGGUUCACAUGAUUUGGAACGAAACCAACAAGCACGUCAUUGAGCUCAUGACGGACCCGUUUGGUAAUUAUUUGUGCCAAAAGCUCCUUGAGUAUUGCAAUGACGACGAGAGAACUACUUUGAUUCAAAACGCUUCGCAGGAUAUGGUCCGCAUUGCGCUCAACCAACACGGCACACGUGCGCUCCAGAAGAUGAUCGAGUAUGUCAACACUCCUCAGCAGAUUCACAUCAUUAUCGAGGCUCUUCGUUUCCAAGUCGUCGAGCUCAUCCAGGAUCUCAACGGCAACCAUGUCAUUCAGAAGUGCCUCAACAAGCUUGGCUCUCUUGACGCCCAGUUCAUCUUUGAUGCCGUUGGCAACCACUGCGUCGCGGUCGGCACUCACCGACAUGGCUGCUGUGUUCUUCAGCGCUGUAUCGACCAUGCAUCGGGCGAUCAAAAGCUUUGGCUCAUUCAGCGCAUCACCGAGCAUGCGCGAAUCCUUGUUCAGGAUCCCUUCGGCAACUACGUCGUUCAGUAUAUCAUUGACUUGAACGAGCCUCUCUUUACUGAGCCCAUCGUCCAGACUUUCAGAGACUGCAUCACCCAAUUGUCUCGACAUAAGUUCAGUUCCAACGUCAUCGAGAAGUGCCUGCGCUGCUCUCUGCCUCCCUCCAGGGAUCUUAUCGUGGAUGAACUUCUGCGCGGACAGGAGAUGGAACGCCUUCUUCGCGACUCUUUUGCCAACUAUGUCAUCCAGACAGCUCUAGAGUAUGCAACCCCUUCUUACAAGUACCGUCUUGUGGAAGCUAUUCGCCCAAUCUUGCCCCAGAUCAGGACCACUCCCUACGGUCGUCGUAUUCAAGCUAAGAUCUCGGCCUUCGACAACCGUGGCAGCGCUGCAUCCAGCGGCCAAGUGACACCAGCCGAUAACACACAGGGUCAGAUCCCUCUCCGGGCUGCUCACUCUCGUGGCCUCUCCGGGAACGGACCUAUUCUGCAGGGCAACGGUAUUCCUCCCAACGGUCCUAUGCCCGCCAUGCGCCAAAACAUGCCUGUCUACUCCCCUAACUCAGCCAUGAACGGCCAGGCUCCUACUGCCGGUGUACCUGUUCAGCAACCUCACUAUGGACAGGCUCCUGGUAGCUUCACCCCCAACUCCGCUUCCAACGGCGCUGCUAAGGGCAACGCUGGCCCUGAUACUCCUGCCACUGGUAACACCAAUGGCAGCGCGGGCAACACCGGGGAAGCUAAGUGGGUUUAG